UCCAGACCUGAUACUGUAUGUUGUGCUGGGCUGAACUUUAGUGCCGUGUUUGCUGACUGUGUAAAUAUCAGUGCAGUGCUACUUUGACAACAAAGCAGAGAACAUGAAGCCAACAGACUGUGUGUUCCUUGCACUUUUGGUGCUUGCAGAUGCUGUGGAUAUCCAGGUUUCUUGCUGUGCCUUAACUGAAAUUUCUAAACGUGGCACAGAAACCAAAACCUCUUGCGCCCAACUUUUUUCUGAAGGCUGCCAGCAAGUCUUUUUGCAGCCUGGAGAGGAGGGCAGUUUAAGAACGAGCCGGGACUGUGUGGUGAGAGUGACUGUCUCCGGGGGCUGUGUCCUUCAGCUGAGGAAAGGGGAUGAAAAGGAAGCAGGAGCCGGGCUCUCGCUGAAGCAAGGAGAGUACACGACGGGACUCGUUGAAUUGCUGAAGGAGCCAGCCUCCGUCUACCACUGCCAUUGCGGACAGCCCGAAACCCGGGCUCGGAGCAAAAGGGCCACGCACGAGGACUUCCUAAGACGUCAUCUCAUUUACCCCUCCCCGGUCCCGAACACCAACCAGGACUGGACCCAGCUGAUGCAGGACCGCGGAAUCUUCGGGCGGCCGUUCAACACCUUCCUCCACGGGGAGAUGGACCAGGUCAUGCAGGCCUUCGACCUGCAGGACAAGAAGCUCCAGUACAAGAACCGGGUGGGCUUGGUUCACUGGAGCAAGAACAGGAUGCCCACCACCAACGUCCGGCUGAUGGACAACGAGUAUGUGGCUGUGGUCCGGGCCCGCAUGAAGUAUGUUGCCAUGUCCUUCAGAAAUGGCCUGCCAGUCCAUUUGGAUAAAGUCUCCUCCCGGCCUCCACAGACCUAGGCAGAUUAGUGUAUUCAACCAGUGUGGCUGUAUUGUACCUGAUUUGGUUUUGGCAAUUCCAACAGUUUUAACAAUGCAUGGGUUUUAAGGUCAUGGACAAAAUGUUAGUGUUUCACGAUUAAGCUGACAUUGUUGUGUUCGACUACUUUCUAGUUAUAUACUAGUGUAAUAUUGUUAAAUAAACUGAUUUGCUGCAAUGGAA